AUGAGUUGUUGGAUAGAAAAUGGCUCUAAGUUGAUGCGCUGUUUACACUACUAUAACAUUCCGAGUCCUAUCGGCAGAGUAUCAGGGGGGAGUGUUGGUAUAGGUGUUGGUAUGGGUGGUUUGGAGCUAAGAAGACGAUGUAGUAUUCUUUGUUCUUUGCUGUCCUUUGUGAAGGAAUAUAUGGGUUCGAACGAAGUGAACGAGUUUGAGAUGAUGAUGUUAACUCAGACGCAAUGUAUAGUACUGUCGAAUACAGGCAUAAUUAUGUUGAAGACGAGCAAAGCAUUGCGCCUACGAUUAAUUCAAGACCAGUUGAUAGAUGAAGAGGAAGAGGAAGAUGAAGAGGAUGAAGCCACGAGUACUUCCGGAGAUCAUUCCUACGGCACAGCACUCUCGUACUACCGAUCUCUCGUUAGGGUGACGGAAAAGAAUCGGUGUUGCAAAGUUAUUAGUUGGCUAGGUAAACUGGUAGCUACAGAGGCAGGACUUAUAACUGGCGCUGGAGACUCUGUGGGUAUUCUAGCCCUUGCUACUUUAUCAGUGGUACAAACAACAUUCCCCUUCCCUGGGCUUACUUGUAACGUUUACGAACAUAAAGUACUACAUAACAAUGACUCUGUAGAAAUAGCCAUACAGUCCAACACUAACGGCCCCACCUUCGCCGCUGGCGGCACUGGUGGGGGCCACCACGCUAGAACUAUUGGUGCAGGUCGUCAGCUAAGUUCCAUUUACGACGACAGCUGUAUCUUGCCCCUACACUCGGUCGGUAUAUUUGCUGCCUAUCGAUCUAUGGUUCUGGAUGCCAAGAUGGAGGGGGUGUGUCUCUCCGGUGAUAUUCAGACAAUACAGCCGCUUCUCAACAUGAUCAAACCGACGUUUAAAGCUCUCAUACCAUUGCUGCCUUCUACCGAUUCCGCGCGUGAGCCGGUAAGCAGGUCAUUGGGGACUAGGUCAAUUCACGCGCUAGAAGAUGAUUCGAGAAGUAUGUCACUCAGUGACAACACCACCCGGCAUUUCGCUCAGCAUGCCGCCCGGCAUCAUGAUACCAGCAGGUGGGAUACAAGUGUUCGGCCAAUCGCGCCCAAUCCCCAAGAGCUGGCUCUGAUUAUGCUCGAAUACUUUGGCGGUAACCUAUCCACAUAUUUAACCGUCGAUGCGGGGUAUGACACUCAAAGACUGCCCAAGCCUCGCGGCACAGACGAGACCAAAGGCUCUACUCGCCCCCAUGGCCGCGGUUCGGAGGCAAGCGCCGCCGGUGAUAGUCUAUUCAAGCUCCCAACCAAGAGACAGUCUCGGCUGUCCCUGACCAACGACCGGGUUUCUGGUAUUUCCACAAUCGAAGACACUUUACCCACGUCGGUUAAACGAAACAUGAUUAUGGUAGGCCCCAAACGAAUUCUCUUAGUUGGUUCCAACAGACAUGUGGGCGAACUAAGGAGUAAAGCCGUGCAUGGAGGUCUGAUACGAUGGGCUACAGGAUUUGAAGCUACAGGAUCAGGACCUAUAGGAUCUGCAGCUACAGGAUCUGUAGCUAGAGGGUCUGGGGGGGAUGAGGUUGGCGUGGGUAUUCCUUUGAUCGAAUUCUUCUCGUUGCUCAAUUUGACUCGUAGCAAUGUGAUUGGGGGGCAGUCGCACAUGCCUAAUGAAUUUCAGACAUGGCUAAGGACCCGAAUAGACAUGUUUGUCUUCUCUGAUUUCUUAACCGAAGAUUGCUGUGACUGGCUGCUAUUGCAUAGAACCAGCAGGAAAAGGAACUCCAAUGGUGAGCAAAUGCGCCUCGCUCGGGAUUCAAGCAAGUCAGGACAUGAAGCGGUUGCGGAGGACCAAGACGCACGGAACCAGGACCAGGGCACAAGGGGUCAGGGCACAGGGGGUCAGGGCACAGGGGGUCAGGGCACAGGGGGUCAGGGCACGGGGAAGCGCGACUCCUUGAAGGAUGCAGGCGACAAAGAAGCGCGGUCGGAGCCAAGCGUUACAUAUUCCUUCACGCUGAGGUAUAUGAGGCAGCUUUUGGAUUUACAAGAAGACUCCGCCUUCUCCUCUCGUGUGCGGACAACGCAAUGGUUGCUAGACUUGUUGGAAAUAUUCCAUGGCCAGCGGCUGGAUCACGAACGGCUCCCCAGGUACCUAACUGAACUUCCUCUCAACAGUUGCUACAAGUCUGAACUGCAUUUCCCUAGUCCGGUGGAGCAGUUCUCCAAACCCCCCAAGACUAUUUACGUCAUGCCCCUUCCGACGAAGCAGGAUACCUGGCACAGACCGACAGCCAUGCUCAUACCAUCCGCCUCCGCCGCCAGUCGACUAGUGAAUUCACCAACGUACAAUGUUUUGAACAACUGCUCAUACGCAGCACACAUAUUGAAUCAACUUGUACGACUCCCCGCCUCCCAGAUCCCCGCCUCCCAGCUCCCCGCCUCCCAGCUUCUUCCGUCCAGCCAAGAAACACAGACUGUUUGUCCGAUCACCAGUCCAACCACUAUGCUGGAGUCUACGGAUGUCACCUUAAUCGGGAUCCUACCUAAGGGCAUACCUAGCAACGAGCCUGUGGAUCGUCGGGCUUGCAGUACUCCGGAAAAUGGUACUCAGGAAAGGGGUCCCGGACUUGGAAGUACGGAAGAGGAUGCAUGGGAGCAAGUCCAAGAUGCAAUCUGUACAGAUUACAACACACUGCGGGAACAACUGGACGACCAAGUACAACUGGUUCUAGUUUCCUACUUCUGGUUAGAGGAUUCUUACUGUGCUGGUGCGCCUCUUGAUCCCUCCCCAUAUCGAGUCAAAAUUGCCUACGGCUCCACAUUCCAGCUCGUUGACCCAAAGGGCAUCGACUUCACCAACAGUCUUCAAGACAUCGGCGAUGAACCAAAGUCACCCACACCAGCUGGCGAACAGGACUCUGUCCGACCAGAAGAUGGCGAUGGCUCCAGUGACGAUGACUGCAGUGAGGGGGGUGGCUGCGGUGAUGAUAUCUUUGGAGAUGAUGCGUCGGUUGACGACUGCCCGAGUGAUGGUAGCUCGGAAGACCAUAGCUCAGAUGAAGAUUGCUCGGAUGAAAAGUGCUCGAGUGACGGUAGCUCGGAAGACCAUAGCUCAGAUGUGAGCAGUGAGGAAAACAAGGGCAGGGGUGGAUUAAAAGAACGAAGAGGGCAGUGUCGGUAUUCCUUGGCCGGUGGGGAUCGAUCGAAACGAUUGCGGCUGUGA